AAAUGGAUGGAGAUUCUGGAGGAGAGGGCAGGAGUGGCCACUCCCAGGGAAGGGAGUAAUACCAGAGAUGUGCCGCUUCGGGACGUGGUCUAGCGGUGUGCUCGGCAGUGCUGGAUUCGAUGAUCUCAGCCCCUGAAGGUCUUUUCCAAGCUGCAGUGACUCCGUUAAUCCCAGCGCAGGGACCGGGAUCAGGCACGCCACCAAGUCCGUGCCGCAGUGCCUCUGUUGUGCCACCAGGCGGCGGCAGUGAGGGCGGCGCUGCUGCGGUGCCGCGCUGCGGGCACCAGGCGGCGCCAGCGAGCGCCGGCGGGAGCAGCACCGCCAGCCCGACCGCAUCCCGGGGUCCACAGCCUCUGGAUCUCCCUGCCAUCACCGCAUCCCGGGGUCCACAGCCUCUGGAUCUCCCUGCCAUCACCGCAUCCCGGGGUCCACAGCCUCUGGAUCUCCCUGCCAUCACCGCAUCCCGGGGUCCACAGCCUCUGGAUCUCCCUGCCAUCACCGCAUCCCGGGGUCCACAGCCUCUGGAUCUCCCUGCCAUCACCGCAUCCCGGGGUCCACAGCCUCUGGAUCUCCCUGCCAUCACCGCAUCCCGGGGUCCACAGCCUCUGGAUCUCCCUGCCAUCACCGCAUCCCGGGGUCCACAGCCUCUGGAUCUCCCUGCCAUCACCGCAUCCCGGGGUCCACAGCCUCUGGAUCUCCCUGCCAUCACCGCAUCCCGGGGUCCACAGCCUCUGGAUCUCCCUGCCAUCACCGCAUCCCGGGGUCCACAGCCUCUGGAUCUCCCUGCCAUCACCGCAUCCCGGGGUCCACAGCCUCUGGAUCUCCCUGCCAUCACCGCAUCCCGGGGUCCACAGCCUCUGGAUCUCCCUGCCAUCACCGCAUCCCGGGGUCCACAGCCUCUGGAUCUCCCUGCCAUCACCGCAUCCCGGGGUCCACAGCCUCUGGAUCUCCCUGCCAUCACCGCAUCCCGGGGUCCACAGCCUCUGGAUCUCCCUGCCAUCACCGCAUCCCGGGGUCCACAGCCUCUGGAUCUCCCUGCCAUCACCGCAUCCCGGGGUCCACAGCCUCUGGAUCUCCCUGCCAUCACCGCAUCCCGGGGUCCACAGCCUCUGGAUCUCCCUGCCAUCACCGCAUCCCGGGGUCCACAGCCUCUGGAUCUCCCUGCCAUCACCGCAUCCCGGGGUCCACAGCCUCUGGAUCUCCCUGCCAUCACCGCAUCCCGGGGUCCACAGCCUCUGGAUCUCCCUGCCAUCACCGCAUCCCGGGGUCCACAGCCUCUGGAUCUCCCUGCCAUCACCGCAUCCCGGGGUCCACAGCCUCUGGAUCUCCCUGCCAUCACCGCAUCCCGGGGUCCACAGCCUCUGGAUCUCCCUGCCAUCACCGCAUCCCGGGAUCCACAGCCUCUGGAUCUCCCUGCCAUCACCGCAUCCCAGCAUCCACAGCCUCUGGAUCUCCCUGCCAACACCGCAUCCCGGCGUCCACAGCCUCUGGAUCGCCUGCCAACACCGCAUCCCAGCAUCCACAGCCUCUGGAUCUCCCUGCCAUCAGCGCAUCCCGGCAUCCACAGCCUCUGGAUCUCCCUGCCAUCACCGCAUCCCGGGAUCCACAGCCUCUGGAUCUCCCUGCCAUCACCGCAUCCCAGCAUCCACAGCCUCUGGAUCCCCCUGCCAACACCACAUCCUGGGGUCCACAGCCUCUGGAUCUCUCUCUGGGGGUGUGUGCUAUUGUGGGGAGCUGAGGAGGGGAACUCAUUGCAGCACCCAGAGCGGGACGGGGUCCACAGCCUCUGGAUCUCUCUCUGGGGGAUGUGUGCUAUUGUGGGGAGCUGA